AUGGCAAGCAAUAUAUCCAUCUCGCCUUUCAUUUUCCAACGAUGCUUUCAGCAAGCGUGGUCCGGCUCGCGACGAGCUCGCGUCAAUUACGGAAACGCCAAGUAUGGGAACAAAUCAGACGAUGACGUUUUGCAACUUCCGCGAAGGUUCGGAAUCGCCGUGAGUGGCGGUGCCGAUUCUAUGGCAUUGGCAUAUCUAUGCAAGCAGCUGGAACGUUCACCUGAAAUUUCCGGGGCCAUCUCCGUCACUGCAUUUGUAGUUGAUCAUCGCGCUCGUCCAGAAAGCACUAUUGAGGCUCAGAGGGUCGCUGGUUGGCUUCGUGAUAUGGACAUCAAAACUCAGAUUCUCAAGCUGGACUGGUCUGAGUUGGCGUCUGGUCAAAAUAAGUCAUCAGCAGAUUUGUCAAAGCUAUCUGCAUUUGAAACUCAUGCCCGGCGACUCCGUUUUCAAGCCCUCGGCUUGGCUUGCCAUGAUUUCAAAUUAGAAACACUUCUUCUGGGCCACCAUCAAGAUGACAACAUUGAAACAACCAUCUGGCGAUUGUCUUCCGGGGCAAGAGGGCUAGGCCUCGGUGGUAUUCCCGAAGUUGCUCGAAUCCCAGAGUGCCAUGGACUCUUCGGGGCGUCUGAGAGCUGGUCAACUACUUCGAUACCAAUCAAACCAGAUAAUAUGCCUCAAGCCCGAGUCCGGUUCAAUGAUCGCAACCACGGGUUAAUCACACUCUCUCGUCCAGGUGUCGAACUUGAGGGCUCAAAUGAAAUAAGCUGUGAACGCACGUCUUCUGUGAAGGUCGCAAGUCCAGGAAUUUUCAUUUGUCGACCUUUACUACAAUUUACCAAAGCGAGUCUCUUGGCAACUUGCCACAAAAAUAAUGUCCCCUAUGUCUCCGAUCCAACAAACUUCGAUCCAACCCUCACCCCUCGGAAUGCCAUACGCAGCUUCCGCACUUCAAAAUCUCUACCGCACGCGCUGGAAUCGCAAUCAAUCCUAUCACUAAUCAGGUCAAGCCAGGAUCUUCUUCACAGGUCAACUGAACUCUCCGACUCUCUUCUUUCCUCCCAAUGCCGAAUCCUGGACUUCAACCCUAGAGCCGGUUCGGCUGUGAUUCAAUUCCUAGACCCAAGUCCUGCAUCGAUGGAUCCGCAACUCGCAACUCUAUCAGCCCACCAAACCAGGCAGAUCCAAACCGUUGUCCUCCGCCGCAUCACAGAACUGGUCUCGCCAUACCCUGACAGUCAUUUCCCGCUCCGCAGCUAUGAGCCCUUUGUAUCCAAUAUGUUUUCCGAUGCAGAAGAUGACAGUGGCGCAAAAGCGGCAAGUGCUCCUAAUGAGGCACCUCGCCCCAGGCAAUCCUUCACUUUGGCGGGUGUCAUGUUCCAACGUCUCGCGAACCAAACUGCCGUGUCCGUCUCUGGCAACGAAGUCAAAGCCACAAGGGCUGGUGGUGACAAUAUUUGGGUGCUCUCUCGACAGCCCUUCAUGAAAGAUAGGGACCCAGUGACAAAGAUGAACGUCUCGCCUACGGGAAACUUCACCCCGUGGUUUCUAUGGGAUAACCGCUUCUGGAUGCGAAUGCGUCUCGUCCCGAAUGAGCCAGACCGAGACCCUAACGAACUCGGAGCGAAGCUAUCCCAAGUACCCGUCACAAUACGUCCUUUCCACAAACUGGACAUAGAGAGGGUACGCAGAGAUACUGUUAAUUCAAGGCCACAGGGAGAAAAGAAGAACUCUGUGGUUGAGCGGCAGAUACCCGGGACUUUUGAGAACUUGAAAGCCUUUUUAUCUGCCGAGGCACCUUCUCAGAUACGAUUCACACUGCCGGUAGUGGCAAGAGAAGGCAUCAAUUCUAAACCUGGGAAACCCUUGGAUCAGAAAGUCAGGCAGCAACUGGCAUUGCCUACUUUGGACUAUCGUCUGUCUGCCCACUCUGCUGAAUAUACGUCUCAAAGCGAGGUAGAACUCGUACAUCUACGCUGGCGAUGGAAGCUCAAGUGGCAGUGGAUGUACAAAAUGAUUGACACUGAGGCACUGCGCCUGAUGGGCUGGCCUGUUGAUAGAGAUACCGAGCACGCUUAG